AUGGAACAAACAAGUGAGUCAUGCAGGGAAUCUGCUCCAACCCUGAAUGAAAGAGCGAUAUGCAACGGUACACAAGUUACAAUCCCACCAGAAGCUGAGGUGUUGCUUAGUCUGGGCCCCAAAUUUGCUCUUCCGCACACCAAAUCUGACCCAGUAUUCUUCUAUCAUAUGCUGGCAGAUAUUGAAUGCAUCCUCAAGUCAGAAAACGAUGCAUCCAUACAGGACCGUACAAGAUGUGCAGUCGCCAAUGUGGUUCUGAACCACCUACAUCGAGGUGAAAAUCAGAACAGUCAUCAAGACCCUCUGGUGAAGUUCUGCAAAAGCGCCGAAAAAGUCACAAGGAAGUUUCUGAAAGAGCACCCAGACGUCGCCGUUGUAAAAUCAGACAAAGGCAAUAAGACAGUCUUGAUGCCAUCCCAAGACUACCAAUCCAAGAUGCUGGAGCUACUGCGAGACCGUGAAACGUACGAACCAAUAUCGAGAGACCCCACAACCCGUUUUCAGCAACAGAACAACAGCAUUGUUCGCCGUCUUCGAAACCUCGAACUAAUCGAUGCGAAAACCGCCAAGCACCUAACAACGUACAAAGCCGUCUGUCCCAGAAUAUACGGUCAACCCAAGGCUCACAAGCAGGGCCUCCCACUCCGUCCAGUGGUUCCAAACAUGACGGCACCGUCUUACCACCUCUCCAAGUUUGUAAGCAACAUCCUUCAACAAUCACUGGUAAGCGCAUACAAUAUUCAGGAUUCAUACUCGUUUUGUGAGUUCAUCAACGGCGUAACCUUGCCAGAAAAACACGUGUUGAUCUCACUAGAUGUGAAGUCCCUGUUCACGUCUAUACCGAGAACACUUGUGAUAAACAACAUUAUCAUGAGGUGGGACACGAUCAGAUCCAAUACAAAUAUCUGUCUCGAUCUGUUCCUGGAGAUAGUAGAUUUCUGUAUGAGCUCUAGCUACUGCAAGUUCAAUGGACAACACUAUCUCCAAGUGUCUGGCACAGCCAUGGGAAACCCUGUUUCACCAGCCCUUGCAGAUCUUGUCAUGGAAAGCCUGUUAGAUACCGUUCUUCAAAAGCUAGACUUUCCACUCCCAUUCAUCAGAAAAUACGUGGACGAUCUGAUAAUGGCGAUACCAUUAAACAAACUACAACACAUAAUGGACAUAUUCAACAGCUAUGACAUCCACAUCCAGUUCACAUACGAACUGGAAGUGGAGAACUGUCUACCCUUCUUAGAUAUGCUCCUAACAAGGCAUGACAACCAGAAGGUCACAACACGGUGGUACCAAAAACCGAUCGCUAGCGGAAGGUUUCUAAAUUUCCACUCUUUCCACCCCAUGAAUCAAAAGCUGAAUACAGCCAAAAACUUUAUAAAAAGGGUCAACAAGCUAUCAACAGACCUAGAUGAGCAUGAUAAAAUUAAAAUAAUAGAUGACCAACUAAAACAAAACGGCUUUCCGAAAUCGCUACGCAACAGGCUCACGAACAGAAUGAAUGAGCAUAGCAUGAAUGAGCAGCACCGAUCGUCGCCAAGGGGCUGUCCAUAA